GACAUAAAUUCAUACAGUGUUUACUACUAACGGCGGCUAUAACAGCCGUCGGACAAAUAUAGUUGUUGUAUAGUUAAAUUACUUUAAUCAAAAGAGAAAUUGCGAAUAAUUACUCAUGGCGGACCCUGCGGUGGCAUCGGGAGGUUCACUGAACGCAGGAGGGCGUGGAAGUGGUGGUAAAGCAGCUACCAGCCCUGCAGAAAACUACCACCUGGCCCGACGUCGAACCCUGCAGGUUGUUGUCAGUGCCCUCCUGACAGAGUGUGGCUUUGAGAGCGCUGAGAAGGCAGCAGUGGAGACACUCACAGAGAUGAUGCAGAGCUAUAUAACUGAAAUAGGUCGGUGUGCUAAAGCCUAUUGUGAACACACAGCCAGAAGCAUCCCAACCCUGUCCGAUACAGUGGUCACACUCAUUGAAAUGGGUUUCAAUGCCGACACCCUGCCUGUGUAUGCCAAGAGAUCACAAAGGAUGGUGAUAACCGCCCCUCCAGUGACGAACCCACCCGUGACUCCAAAAGCUCUGUCAGCCGGACAGAAACGCACACAUCCAGCUUACAUCCCAAGCCACUUCCCAGAGUUCCCUGACCCUCACACCUACAUCAAAACACCAACGUUCAGAGAGCCUGUGUCAGACUACCAAGUGGUGAGAGAGAAGGCAGCAAGUCAGAAAAGAGAUGUGGAGCGAGCGCUCACUCGCUUCAUGGCCAAGACCGGAGAAACUCAAAGCCUCUUCAAAGACGACAUCACUGCCUUCCCAUUGAUCGCAGCACAGCCAAGCACCAUCCCAUAUCUCAGCGCCCUCCUGCCCUCAGAGCUGGAGUUGCAGACUCUGGAGGAGACGGACUCCUCUGAGCAGGACGACCAGACAGACAGCGAGAACACAGCGGGAAACAUCAUCAAUGAUGAUCCAGGAGCUGACAAAGAGAACUCCAUGCUUCCUCCCAGUGGCGUUGUUCCUUCCACAAAGGUCAGUGAGGACAACGUGAUCGACAACCCUUACCUUCGGCCAGUCAAGAAACCCAAAGUGAGGAGGAAGAAAUGAGACCAAUAUGAACCAAGAGACUUAUAUUUGCCACAGUGGUUGGUACUUUCAGCAGUCCAGUCAGUGACUCAAUCUACAGAGGGGAGCAGUGCAGCGUUGAAGCCCACUGUGUGAGCCUGGACCAGCGGCUGCUGUUUCUCAAUGCCCAGACCAGUACUGCUGUUGGCUUUUUGUAUACCGACUUCUACUGAAGAGAUAACUUUCUUUUCUUGUGUUAACUGUCAUUUCUUUGAGCACUCACUUUGUAACCAUCAUCAUGGUGUAAAAUACAAACCAUACAGGGAUCCAGUUGUUUUGUGAAUAAAGAAAAAUAAGUUUCUUUUUUUUUUUUAAA